GGGCAGUUCUGUGAGAGAAAGGCCUGGCAUCCUGCUCCUGUAAAAGUUACAGCCGAGAACAGGGUAUGGGGCAGCUAGCUCUGCGCUGUCACAUGGGGUAGUCAUGGGUCUGAAUCAGCUGUUGGCACCGAGCAGCAGAAUCGAGGCUGUCUCUCGUGUGUAGUGGUUGAUUGAAGAACGGAUGGUGCUCCCUCUAGGGUACUGUUUCCCAGAGUGGGGCAUGUUCCCCAGGGCCACCAGAACCGUCCCUGGAGCUGCACAAGCAGAUGUCUACACUUUAUUCUCGAUGAACUGCUAGGGAAGCCCUGAGUUUAGUUUUGUUUUUCUGAAAAGGGAGACAUUUGCUCCUAAGUUUGGGAGCCUUUGUUCUAAAAGUUUAUGUUGUGUGUGACUUAAACCCAACUCCCUACCUUGACCUGCAAGUGUCUACCUCAUACACCCAGACCAGUCCCCUCACAACCUCGUCUUUCCAUGAUCCCCUUGCUCGCUGUUCUGCAAGCACACCAUUUUGGCUGUGCGAGGUUCUUUCACAUUUCAGUCUUUAUCCUCUAGACCCCAAAGGUCCCACAUAGGAAAGAGGCUUCAGAAACAUCAUGGGAAAAUGCCAGUAUCUUUUAGUUCCACUUUUCCCAUGAACUUCCAGAUGUAUUGAUCAGCUUCUUAAUUCCGAUGCAUUAAAAACAAAGGCAGGUUCAGUUGAUCAGAUGCUGCUCAAAUUGUAAGCAUGAUCUGAUGGAAUGCUAGUGGCCUGCCAUCCCCCAUGCACCUCCUUUGAGAGCACCUCCUUAGAGAGCCACUUGUCCAGUGUCUCCUCUUAGAACAGUACCUGGUUUUGUCACGAGUCUUCAUGCAAACCCAUUGAGGAAUGGGAUGGUUCCACCUUUGUUUCUGGACCAGGAAUCUCUUGCUCCUGAAAGGCGGUGAGACGACCGAGCCAGGAUGGAUGGUGGCCGUGUUCACCAUGCUGGUAGAGAAAGGGAGAGGCACCCUUUAUCCUUGCAGUUCACUAGGACACAGGCACUAGAUCUCUGGCGUGCUCCCCUUCUUAGAUGUCAUCUGAAUGGAGUGGUUUCCUGGCAAUUCCAACUAAAGUAGCUCUUGCCCUACUUGUCUGUAGUCUGGCAUUUUUUGUGUAAGGCAGGGGUGGGGGACCAUUCUUCUAAAAGCCCUUCGGAUAUUUAUAACAUCAUGUGAGGGCCAUACAGAAUCAUCCACUGAAAAACGAGCCUGUAUUUGGUCAAACAUUUCAUUAACUCACUCCGAGUGUGAAGCUGGAUCUGCUACUCUGAGGAGGCGUGUGAUGUUAGCUGGUAUUGAUGGUUCCUCAGGCUUUGUGCUGCCUGCUGGCUGGACCUUCCCCACCUCUGGUGUAGGGUAUCUGGGAAAAUUAUUAAAGCCUGCUGGGUUGAGGGUUUGUUUUUGUUUUUAAAUUUCUUUGUGAAUUGGGUGAAUUACAAAGCAAUUCAGUGUUAUGUCAAAAAAUCCAUAUACAUUUUAUUCCAUGUUAUUGAUUGGCAAUAUCACCGCACUUGCUCCUUUAUUUUUUCUUUUUAUUCGUUCACCUUUCCUAACCCUUCCUGCCUUCUGAACUUUGCCUUUGGGCAAGCACUCUGCUUUUGGCCUCAAAGGGCUGAAUGUUACGGAGGACAUGCCUCACUAGUGGAACAACUUAUCUAAAUUGAUCCAUGAGGGCGAGUUCGCUUUCUGACCUUAAAGGUGACUGAGGGCCAUGGCUUCGGGGGUUUCGAUUGAGGUUUUCCAGCAUGUGUGGGCAAACAGGAGAACAGACCAUCAGAACAGAAGAGCCCUGGUGACUGGCGUUUGUCGAGUCUCUGGUAUUGUAAGUUGGGCAGUCACAUAUCACCUCAGUUAAUCCUUAAUUUAUCAGAGUUGGGUAGUAAUAUCAUGUGUUUUACCCAAGAGGCACUUGGAGCUCAGAGACCCUUGUAAUCUGCUCCAGGUCAUACAGCUUUGAAGUACCAAAAACUUGCAUGCUGUGUGCUGAUCACUGGAGUCUGUGCUUUUAGCCACUCCCUUACACGAUGACCCCUAAAGCGACCUUGACUUCAAGCAUUGGGGAAUAGAGGUGGGUCAUUUCAGACCCCAGACCCACUGCCACUGUGUCGAUCCCAAGUCUUAGUAAACCUGCAGGGCAGAGUAGAGCUUCUGGGAAUGCUUACAGAAUCAGCCUGCCACAUCUUCCUCCCUCUGUACACUUGGUGGGCACUAACCAGCGACCUUUCAGUUAGCAGCCGAGGGUUGACCAAUGUGCCUGGCAAAGGCCAAGGGUUUUGGUUAUUUUAAGGUGGCCCGAUAGGACCUGUGUGGUGGCCAUGGUUCCCCCUCCCGCCCUUGCCCCGCUACACACAGCUGCAGAGACAGGUCCUGGGAGGGUGAAUUGUUCACAUUUCAGUCAGUAUGAACAUUGUGGCCGGGGUUCCGCAUUGUCCCUGCCCCUUGUGUUCCAUGGCGCUGAAGCGGCUUUGCCUCGGGGAAGUGAGAACUUGGCGAGAAAGGAGAAAGAGGCGAGUGGUUCCCUGGAAGUCUCCCAGGCUAGAGGGGCCUGAGUGCUGGGAGCACCCACCCCGCUGCUGCUCAGGCAGGCGCCUCCCAUGGGGGUUCUUCUGGGAGUUCAGAGAUGAGAGCCCCUCCCCUCUGCCCCCAUUCACAGAAAUAGUCUCAGGAGUGGCUGAAAUGGGUUUGGCAGCAGAAAUUACUAGAUUGUGGAUUGGCUUUGAUGAAGGAGGGGUGUUGGGGUUACUCUCUGGGACCCUGGAGUAGAGGGCUCAAGUCCCUGGCUGUGGCCUGGGAGAGAAUGAGGAGGAUGUUCCCCUCGCUGACUGGGAGUGGGUAAACCCAGAGCCCACCAUGCCCGGACCAGCAUCUGGAAAUCUCAGUGCUGCUGGUGGGAGCCCUUCCUGUGUUGUCCGACAGUCCAGUGAGACCAGUAACGCAGCAGGCAAGUGUCGGAUUCAGGUGUCUGGAGUAAAGCUACAGGAGUGUGACGUCAGAGUGGGCCUGGUCGUUGCUUUAGCACCCCUGCCAAGCCCUCAGCACGGGGAGAGUGGUGGUCCUCUUAGUCAUUGCUGCCUCCUUUCCCUGGGCCAUCUGAAAGAAAGCCUGUACCCUCUGCAUCUCAUGGUGGAAACAGGUUGCUCUUCUCCAGGGGCCGGUGUGGAUGCUGUCUUUUCCACCUGGUUUGAUUCCGCCCAGAGCAAUGCCCACCUCACCCGCAGUACUGUACUGGGAAAGAUGGUUGGAGACCCUCCAGCAGUAUCGGUGUGGAGAAGGGGCUCCAAGCCCAACCCCAAACCUCCCAGUGCUAGCACGGCUACCUCUCUCUGUAUUCUUCAGGUGCCUGUGACCUUCGAAGAUGUGGCUGUGACCUUCACGCAGGAGGAGUGGGGACAACUGGACCUUACUCAGAGGAGUUUGUACCAGGAGGUGAUGCUAGCAAACUGUGGGCUGCUGGUCUCUCUGGGGUGUCCUGUGCCCCGGCCAGAGCUGAUCUACAAGCUGGAGCUCGGGCAAGAGUUACAGGCCGUGAAGAAAGACCUGUGCCAGAGCCCCUGUCCAGGGGACAAAGCAAGACUUAAGACCACAGAGCCAACCACUCCUGCUCUGACCUUCUCAGAGGGAACUUUAGUCCAUGGACCCCUGACACAAGUGUCCUCCAAGGAUUCUCAGGUGGGACAAGACAGGUGUCAGGAGGGACCACCAGAAAUACAGGACCAACACUUGAGACCAGACAUAGAUACCCAGAAGGAGCAGCUCCCUUGGGGAAAAAGCCCUGGGCAUGAUGGUUUGGGGACAGGUAAUGAUAUGUGUUCAAGGACUCCACAGGAACAAAUCUCUGCAGGAGAUGCGGUCCAUGAAAGUAGCUCACAUGGAUCUGCUAAAGAUGGCGAGACUCAUGAAGAGAGAGAUCCCCAUAUCUGUAAGGAAUGUGGAAAAGUGUUUAACAAGAAACGUCUUCUUGCCCAACAUGAGCGCAUUCACUCUGGGGUGAAGCCCUAUGGGUGCACAGAGUGUGGGAAGUUCUUUCGGAAGAGCACUUACCUCCUUCAGCAUCACAUGGUCCACACUGGGGAGAAGCCCUUUGAGUGCACAGAGUGUGGGAAGGCCUUCAACCGAAGAUCACACCUUACACAGCACCAGAGAAUUCACAGUGGGGAAAAGCCUUACAAGUGCAAUGAAUGUGGAAAGGCCUUCACCCACCGCUCCACUUUUGUCUUGCACAAGAGGAGCCACACUGGAGAAAAGCCAUUCGUGUGCAAAGAGUGUGGGAAAGCGUUUCGUGAUCGGCCAGGCUUCAUUCGGCACUACCUCAUUCACAGCGGAGAGAAUCCAUAUGAGUGCUUUGAGUGUGGGAAGGUCUUCAAACACAGGUCCUACCUAAUGUGGCACCAGCAGACUCACACUGGGGAGAAGCCCUAUGAGUGUAGUGAGUGUGGGAAAGCCUUCUGUGAGAGUGCAGCCCUCAUUCACCACUACAUCAUCCACACUGGGGAAAAGCCCUUUGAGUGCACAGAGUGUGGGAAGGCCUUCAACCACAGGUCAUACCUCAAGAGGCACCAGCGGAUCCACACUGGGGAGAAGCCCUAUGUGUGCACUGAGUGUGGAAAGGCCUUCACCCACUGCUCCACGUACAUCUUGCAUAAAAGGGCCCACACUGGGGAAAAACCAUUUGAGUGCAAAGAGUGUGGGAAGGCCUUCAGCAGCCGGGCUGACCUCAUUCGACACUACACCAUCCACACUGGGGAGAAGCCCCAUGAGUGUGUUGAGUGUGGCAAGGCCUUCAGCCGCAGGUCUGGCCUUACAAGACACCAGCGUAUUCACAGUGGAGAGAAGCCCUAUGAGUGCGUUGAGUGUGGGAAAACUUUUUGCUGGAGCACAAAUCUCAUUCGACACUCAGUCAUCCACACACGAGAGAAGCCUUAUGAGUGCAGUGAAUGUGGUAAGGCCUUCUGUCGCAGCUCUUCCCUCACUCAGCACCUGAGGAUUCAUACUGGGAGAAGCCCUGUCCAUGUGGCAGAUGGGAAGAGGCCUUUUAACGAUGGGCAGACCUCGGUCAACAUUCAAGAACUCUUCCUAGGGAAAGACUUUUUGAAUGUAACCAGGGAGGGGAAUCUUUGGCCCGAGGAACCAUCUUACUCAGCAGCUGAUUGCUCGUACCAAAGGGACAGCUCGCAUGGGUCAUCCCGGUAAGGAGUGAUCUGUGGCUGAAGGGGUGUAUUAGAGAUGGACCACCGACACCCCCAGGGGCCAUUGUGCACUUGGGAAAGCCUUCAGCCACAUUUUAUGCCUUAGUUUACACUGCAGUUAUCUCAGGAAUUUUUUUCUUUUUUAAAUAAGGAAGUGUCAGAGAAUAUAGCGGAAAAGGGAAACUUUUUCAGGUUUUCUGCCAAGCCUAUGACAGUUUGUGAUGACUUCCUUAUUUUAUUUGGGGUCGGGAAAGCCUUGUCCCCUUUUCUUGGCUAUUCCACACGGCCUGGUGUCCGCUGAGUUCAGUCAGUUGAGAGCAGGGCAGAAAAGCCUCUGAAAGCCUUUGUUCCACAGUAUUGUCUCUUCUCUAGGAGCCUCAAUCUGUGAGGAAUACGUAGCAUUCUCACGGAAUCCUUUGAUGUUUAAUAAGGACACAUACAAAUGGGCACAUUUUAUUGCACACUUAGGACUGUUGUUUUAUUAAUGUACUUUUUUUUUUAUUAUUAAUGUACUUUAACAGAAGAUUCUUUUCUUACUCCUCUCCUACUUCUUCAGUUUUUUGCUCUAGCUCUGUGGUAAAUAUUACAGUUGGGUAAAGUGACUCCUCUCUCAUAUUUGAAAUGUGUUCAAAGUUUAUUUAGCAUCCUUAGUUUCUUUGGUUUUCCAUUCCACAAAUUUCCACCCCACUAUUUCAGCACCAUCCCACAAAUUUUUAUAAGUUUUAAUGUUUUUAUUCAGUUUUAAAUAUAUCUUGAUUCUUUUUGAGAUGCCCUCUCUGACUCUAAGAUUAUCUAGAAGUGUAUAUUAUUUCCUGGUAUAUUUUCUUUACAGAUUUCUUUUUUUGUUUCUUGUUCAAUCUGAACACAUACUCGGUGUGAUUUCUGAGCAUUGAAAUUAUUGGCGUUUGUUUUGUGACCCAGAACAUGAAUGGUACCUCUUGUUGAAUGUUCCUUGAGUGCUUGGUGAAAAUGUGUAUUCUGCCACUGUUGUGUUGUAUGUUGUGUAAAUGUGUAUGCGAUCCUGUUGGUUGAUUUUGCCAUUUAGAUUUUCUGUACCCUUGUUGAUUUUCUGUCCAAUUUUUCUAUUUCAUUUCUGAGAGUGGUAAGGAAGUCCCCAACUGUAAUUGUCAAUUUGUCAAUUCCCCCUUUACUUUCUGUCAGGUUUUACCUCAUGUACUUUAAAGUUCUGUUGUUGGAUGUAUAGAUAUUUAAGAUUGCUAUGUAUAUAUACAUAUAUAUUAUAUAUCGAUCCUUUUAUCAUUAUGUAAUGUCCUUCUUUCUGCCUGUUCAUUUUCUUGGCUCUCACAUAACCUUUUCUGCAUUUUAUAAUGAAUAUUUUCAUGGUUUAUCAUUUUUCAUCAGUUUAUACCCAACCUUCCCUGUAUCAUUAUAUUUGAAGUUUCUUUUGAACAGCUUAUCCAUUCGGCUGAUGCCUAUCUUCUUACUGAUGUAUUUAAACCCUUUAUAUUUAAAAUAAUUCUUGAUCUAAGGUCUGGGUUUUUUGUGUUAUUUUGAUAUGUUGAGACAUAAAGUCUGCCAUUUCUGGUUUUUUUUUUAGUACUCAUGUUUCUUUUGCUUCUGUUGUUUUUUAUCAAGCUGGGGAUUUUUUUGCUUCAUUAUUUCAACAUUUUCAGAAUUGUAUCAAUGUACUUAUAAUUCCAGUAUUAUGGAUUUUUGGAGUUAUGUAGCAAUUGUUUUAGAAUUUUAAUUUGUAUAUAUUUUAUAGUCUACUGGUAUCAGCAUUUUAGCACUUUGAUGUAUAGGAAAUUUACUUCUAUUUGAUCUUCUUAAAUAUCCAAUCCUACACAGCAUAUUGGGUAAGGAGUCUGGUAAGCAUUGGCCUGCUAGCCGCAAGCAGGGAUUCAAGCCAACAGCUGCUCUCUGAGCCAUCAUGGGAAGGCACAGUCUCAGAACCCCUGGGCAGAGCCACUGUGAGUCGAAUUAAUGGCAGCAGGUUUUUUUUCUUAUUAUUGGAUGGUGUUAUUUUGGGUUAAACUAUCAAACAUUUUUCUAAAAGCUCUUGAGAAAGGUAGUCUUUCAUUGCUUUCACCUCUUCCAUUGUCUUUCUUCCUACCUGAGAUCUCAAGACCUUCACUAUUGACACCUCCUUUUUUUAAAAAUUGUUUUGUUGGGGGGCUCGUACAACUGUUAUCGCAAUCUGUACAUACAUCCAUUGUG